GUCCCGCAGGGCACGGCGGGGGUUGUGGUUUCUCCGCGGCGCUGAGCGGCGGCAGGGAAGGAGAGGCGGAACUACAGCUCCCGGCAGCCCCUGCGCCCCACCCCGUCCCGGGAGGCUCUGUGGAUGCGGGGAGCAGCGGGGAGAAUGAGAUGCGUGUGAAGCGGCUCAGUCCCGCGGGGCGCCGGAGUCGCCCUGUCCCGCAAGUGGAAUACAACCUUUCAAAAUGCUGCAGAUUAUCUGGGUGAACCUAGAGAUUAUGUUUAAUGUGCUUGUAUUUUUAGAAAUGCUUUUCCUGCAUUUCAUGAGAUAAAACUCUUUACAAAAAUGAAAACUUGGAGAUCAAUGAAGUUUUUUUCCAUGUCCAUGCAUGUUAAUGAACUCAAAGAAGAACUUUUGAAAAAAGAAUAGAUUUGUCGUAAACACUGAUAUACACAAUAUUAUUGGCUCAGGAUUCUAGCCACAUGUUUUUUUGUUUAAAUAGAAAAGGACAUAUAAGUGAAGAUGAGCCUGUGUUUGAUACAUAGUGUCUGGAGUUAAGUAGACAAGGAAUAUUUUUAAGAGCUACUUAACAGUAAUCUCUAUCUGAUAAUCUCACAAGAAAUAAAAUGAAGAAUCCAUGUGAAAAAGUGAUGUUGAUUCCUUCCUCUGAAGGAGACAAUUUCAUGAUGAUUUAAGCCUCUCCAAACAUCUGGAUGUGGUGCUGAAGGCACAUCUGUGUCUUUGAUCAGCUGAUUGAAACUGUGGAAAGAGGACCUUUAAUUUAAAGUAACUCCCAGUUGAAAUUCUCUUGCUCAUCAGCUUGAACGGAAUGAAAGGGAAAAUGAACAUGACGUAUCAGUCAGGGGCCAGUUACUGAACUGAAAAAGGGAAACCUUACACUGUCAUUUAAACUAUAAAAUCCUAGUCCAAACACCCUAGUCAAAUAUUUUUUUAAAAUUUGACUACUUGGAAGAUCUCUACAGAUUUAAAGAAAGUCAGAUGUCAGCAAACGAUUCCUCUCCUCCAUCCUUACAGAAGCUUUCUCCUCCUGUAUCUCAUGCUGCUGCGCCACCAACCCCUUCUCUGUCUUCAAGUCCCCAGUCGGGGCUCUCCAGCCGGCUGUCCAAUGGCAGCCUCAGUACACAGAGUCUCACCAACUCCAGGGGCUCUAUGCAUGGGGUGUCUUUCCUGCUGCAGAUUGGUCUCACGCGGGAAACUGUCACCAUUGAAACUCAGGACCUGUCCCUCUCAUCCGUCAAAGAUCUAAUCUGUUCCAUAGUUUACCAGAAGUUCCCAGAGUGUGGCUUUUUUGGCAUGUAUGACAAAAUUCUCCUCUUUCGCCAUGAUCUGAACUCGGAAAAUAUUUUGCAGAGGAUUACAUCAGCAGAAGAGAUACAUGAAGGCGAUCUUGUUGAGGUGGUGCUCUCUGCUUUGGCUACCGUUGAAGAUUUCCAGAUUCGUCCUCAUGCACUUUAUGUGCAUUCUUACAAGGCCCCUACAUUUUGUGACUAUUGUGGGGAGAUGCUUUGGGGUUUGGUACGACAAGGAUUAAAAUGUGAAGGCUGUGGAUUAAAUUACCAUAAGCGAUGUGCCUUCAAGAUCCCAAAUAACUGUAGUGGAGUGAGAAAGAGGCGUUUGUCUAAUGUGUCUUUACCAAGUGCUGGGCUUUCAAUUCCCAGACCAGUGCAAACUGAAUACACAGCCACUGCUGCUGAAGAGUCUCGUUGCCAUCCAGAACCCAAUAAGAGAAUUCCAUCCUGGAGUGGGCGUCCAAUCUGGAUGGAAAAGAUGGUGCUUUGCAGGGUGAAGGUUCCACAUACCUUUGCUGUCCAUUCCUAUACUCGUCCUACCAUAUGCCAGUACUGCAAACGUUUGCUCAAGGGUCUUUUUCGCCAAGGAAUGCAGUGUAAAGAUUGCAGAUUUAACUGUCACAAACGUUGUGCAUCUAAAGUCCCUAGAGACUGUCUCGGAGAGGUGGUGUUCAAUGGAGAACCUUCUAGUCCAGGUCAAGAUUUGGACAUGCCAAUGGAAGUUGACAGCAAUGAAAUAAACAUUGACGGUAGCAGGGGUUUGGAUGAUGUAGAAGAACCUUCUCCUCCAGAGGAUAAAAUGUUCUUUAUGGACCCUUCCGAUCUUGAUGUGGACAAAGAUGAAGAUGCUGUCAAAACUAUCAGUCCAUCAACAAGCAAUAAUAUUCCAUUAAUGAGGGUUGUACAAUCAAUCAAGCACACAAAAAGGAAGAGCAGUACAAUGGUGAAGGAAGGGUGGAUGGUUCACUAUACCAGCAGAGAUAAUCUGAGAAAGAGACAUUAUUGGAGACUGGAUAGUAAAUGUCUUACGCUAUUUCAAAAUGAAUCUGGAACAAAAUAUUACAAGGAGAUUCCACUUUCAGAAAUUCUCCAGGUGAAUCAGCCCCGAGAUUUCUCAAACAUGGUGCAGGGCAGCAACCCACACUGUUUUGAGAUCAUCACUGACACCAUGGUAUACUUUGUUGGUGAAAACAAUGGCAACACCCAUCACAAUCCUGUUCUUGCUGCCACUGGAGUUGGACUUGACGUAGCUCAGAGCUGGGAGAAAGCCAUUCGUCAGGCGUUGAUGCCAGUCACUCCUCAAGCUAGCGUGUGUACUGCAGCAGGACAAGGAAAAGAUCACAAAGAGUUAUCUCUCAGCAUCUCGGUUUCAAAUUGCCAGAUCCAGGAGAAUGUGGAUAUCAGCUCUGUAUAUCAGAUCUUUGCUGAUGAGGUGCUAGGUUCCGGUCAGUUUGGCAUUGUGUAUGGAGGAAAGCAUAGGAAGACUGGAAGGGAUGUGGCUAUUAAGGUCAUUGAUAAGAUGAGGUUCCCCACAAAACAGGAAAGUCAGCUUCGUAAUGAAGUUGCCAUUCUGCAGAAUUUGCACCACCCUGGGAUUGUUAACCUGGAAUGUAUGUUUGAAACCCCAGAACGGGUAUUCGUUGUGAUGGAGAAGUUACAUGGAGAUAUGCUGGAGAUGAUUCUUUCUAGUGAGAAAAGUCGGCUGCCAGAACGAAUCACUAAGUUCAUGGUUACCCAGAUACUUGUUGCUUUGAGGAAUUUACAUUUCAAGAAUAUUGUGCACUGUGAUUUAAAACCAGAAAAUGUACUACUAGCAUCAGCAGAACCAUUCCCUCAGGUGAAGCUGUGUGACUUUGGUUUCGCACGCAUCAUAGGUGAAAAGUCUUUCAGGCGCUCUGUUGUUGGAACCCCAGCUUAUCUUGCUCCUGAAGUGCUCAGGAGUAAAGGUUACAAUCGCUCUCUGGAUAUGUGGUCAGUGGGAGUUAUUGUCUAUGUGAGCCUUAGUGGUACAUUCCCAUUUAAUGAGGAUGAAGAUAUAAAUGACCAAAUUCAAAAUGCAGCAUUUAUGUAUCCACCAAACCCCUGGAAGGAAAUUUCUAAUGAAGCCAUUGAUUUAAUAAACAAUUUGCUUCAAGUGAAGAUGAGAAAACGUUACAGUGUUGACAAAUCUCUUAGUCACCCGUGGCUACAGGAUUAUCAGACUUGGCUUGACCUUAGAGAGUUUGAAACUCGUAUUGGAGAGCGCUACAUUACCCAUGAGAGUGAUGAUGCUCGCUGGGAAGAACAUGCUUAUGAACACAACCUUGUGUACCCCAAACAUUUCAUUAUGGCCCCCAAUCCAGAUGAUAUGGAAGAAGACCCUUAAUGUUCACCAUGCUAACUUCAUUACAGAAAGGUGUUUGAUAGAAGCUGAUGUUGAUACUUUUCUGGACAGAUGUUGCUCUUUGAAUGUUGAUUCAGUCUACAGACCCAUGAAGGAUCCUGCACUGGCAGACGGAUGGGCAAAAUGACCUGACCUAAAUUUUUCAUCUCUGAUUUUUUUUUUAACUAUGAAAUGUGAUCUGGCAAUGGGAUAAGCAACCUUGGUAACAUUUCACUAGCUGUAUGGUUACAGAUGAUGUAACUGAGGUGUAAUGCAAACAGACUGAAUGCAUGGUGUGAGUUUUCUGUUUUUUGUAGCCUACGCAAUAAUGAAACUAUUUUUGUUAUGGUUUCCUAGUCCCUUAUUUACUAAGUCAUAGAGUACUGUUUUCUGGUAUUUAGAUAAAUUUCCACUUUCCUAGUUUGUACAUUGUGGAAGGAGGCUGUAAAAGAAAUUAAAACUGUAUAUCUUGACCAAAUGACAACAAAAAAUGCUGGAUUAGGGCUAAUUUAAAAGACUGAACAUUAUUUGACAGGUAUGCUAAAACAAUGAAAGUAAAAGAACAUGCUAAUUUGCUGCUGUUUAAGCAGUUGAAUGCUGACUUUCUUCGCCCUGGUAGAAUUUGAAGGAUCUUUCUCCUGAUGUCUGAAGAUAAGAUAGUAACACCAGAUUUCAUAUUCCUAUUGAAUGCUAACUGACAAUCAAAAAGCUGUGGUAGCCGUCAACAUUGUCUGUUACAAUAGAGCAAUAAACCACAACCGGGUGUGCAUUAAUAUGCAAGAUUGACCUGUGCAUUGGGUGUGUACCAAAGGCAUUUUGCUUUAAAACCACCGAAGUAGUGCACAAAUAGCAUAAAAACCGUUAUGUUGCAUAGCCUUCCACUGUAGAAAAAUAGUUGAUAGGAUAAGCAAAAUAGUAAAAAAAACAAAACAACUUUCCUCUCAUGUUUUGAAUAACUUCAAAAAAAUAUUAUGUUCUAUUUAAGUUCCCUGACGCAGCCUGCCUGAAGUAAUGUGUGGUCUGAUAGCAACUCUCAAUCCGUUUUCUAUUGAACAAACUAAAUUAGGAAUCCUGCUGGGGAAAAAAAAAUCACAAUUGAACAUGAGUUAAAGGGAUUGUAAGGACAUGAAUUGUUGCUAGGAGGGCAGUUGGGUUCAUGAAUUAAUAGAAGGAAGAAGCAUUACCUAAUUCAGUCUACCACUUUGUGCCUUCCAAUCUUUAACCUGCAAUUCCACACCCUUCCCUUUUUUCUUUCCCAUUUCUUAAAUUGUAUAGAUUAUGAAUCUGAAUUAGGAAUCCUAAACCAACUCUGAAUUUAACUUAUCAGAAACUUCUAUAUAAACAUACCUAGCCACAUCUUGAGAGCUGUGGCCAAAUGUAGAGAGCAGAAAUGUGCUUCUGACAUGAUGGUACAGGAAGAUAGUUUGGCAGCUAAAGUCUGCUAUAUUUCAAGAAAAAAGUCUCUCAUGCACUAGAUUUAAGUGAGGUCCCAAUUUACUUAAAGUUGUGAGUAUCUGAUAAAAUUUCAGCCAUGCGUUAUUGGGAGUUGAUGAAAGGCUGCGCUAUCCCAGAUAGCUCUAACUAGCUAAUAAGAACUUGGCUUUGAAUAAAUAUCCUUUUCUAAAAAAUUUUUACAUGUAAAUUCUACAGGUUUCAUCUGUAAAAGUAAUUGAAACCUGUUUGGGGUCUCCUUUCUCUUUUAGAUGAGGUAAAUAUUUUUAUAUACUAACAAAUUUUUUAUUACAAUUAUCAAAAUUGGGGUAUGUGAAUAAACUUCUCUGAACUGAUGCAUUUUUUUCAUGAUUUUCCAUGGUUGCUUCAGAGUUGUCAGCUGCUCUUAAGUUACAUCUACACAGUGGUGCUAUUUCAGGAUAAUGUACAUUAUCCCGAUAUAGUCUUCUGCACGUAUUAACAGCCCAUUAUUUCAAAAUACAUUUGAAGUAAUGGGCUUGUUAUUUCGAUGUCCCAUAAACCUUGUUGCAUGAGUAUUAAGGGACUCGUUGGAAUAGUGCUGUAUUUCAAAAUUAGUGCUGUUUAGACAACAGCCUAUUUCAAAAUUUGGCAUCUUGAAAUAAGUUACACAAUUUGCGUAGCUCAAAUUGUGUAGCUUAUUUCAAGCUAUGCUCUGUAUAGAUCUACCCUCAGAUACAUAAGUUAAACCGGCAGUGAAAUUGGUGGAAACUGCCAAAGUAUAUCAGAGGGAAGAACUGGGGUCAUAACUGACUCUUUGACUGCUUUCCUUCCUUUAGCUGUUGCAUUUUGUAGGUACCAAGGCUGUUAGCAGCUAAAAAUUUAGGGCCAGAUUCUGUAUUGUACCUUCACCAGUGGGAAAUGCAGAUGUGCCAGCUUUGUACAGCUGGAAUACUGGCCUACUGCUGGGGCUACUGUUUGGCAGAUUCCCUCCAGCCACCAAUGUCAAAACAUUCUGGCCAUUCCACCCUGAUGCACUCUUGCCUUGCCAUGUCCUUAUUCUGAGAUUUGUGCAGGGGUUGCCAUAGCUCUGCCUGUACUACUCUUACAUGCAGGGAAUUCUCCAGGGGAUUGUUCUGUCCUUUUCAUGGUGCUGAAAGUAUGUAACAGAAUUAUAGUAGUGAUCUUAAUCUGUCCCCUUAACCUUGCAGCCUCAUUGAGGGGAGACUUGAGGAAUGGUCUCCCUGCAGAGAGUAUUGAAACUGAAUUUGCAUACAAGCUGUUGUAGUUUUAAUUUUUGAAGUAGCCAGAUCACAUCGAAAAUCACUGGAUUAGCAUUGGCCUAAUUUCCUGUAAAGUUUCUCAUAGCUGGGUUUGGAGAGGGAAGUGACACUUUCUCGUCUAACUGCCACCAUUUCUAUAGCACUUUUCAAAUUUGGGCACCAUGUCUCAAUGUCUGGUGGGGCUUUUCAACUUUGAUAUUAUAUUGCUGAAUUGAGGCAUUUCAGGACUUCCAAUUACAUUUAAAGUAAUAUUUUUAAAGCAGGGCUGGAAAGCACAAUAGCAGGGUGCGAGGCGAGGUGGUGCCCAUGGAGAAGGUGGAGGCCUAACAGCCCUGCCUCUACCCUUUGUUUCUAUUUUAAAACACAAAAUGAAACCUAUUCAGUAUUCUCAGUUUAGGUUUAAAAACAAAAUGAGAAUUGAAAUGGGCUUUUGGACCACAAAUUUAAAGCCAUUUGGAGUUGAAAGCCAAUAGCUGAAGUUGAGGAUCCCUCUAUCUUCUCCUACACUGGAAAUAAACUUACUCAGAUUAGUAGUUAAAGUGUGCUCCCAAGUUGUUGCCUUUUCCCCUAAUCAUUAUGCAGUGAACUCUUCUGGCAGGUUGAUAAUUCUAAAAUUCAUCAGUUUUUAAAUUAUGGGUGAGGAUUUUAAACAAGUAGUCAUAUUCUAAAAGCAAUAAGUUGUGUGCAUUCCUGGAUCACUGAUAGACUAUGAAGAUAGUACUUCAAGCCUCAGAACACGUAGGUUGUGGGCCAGUGCUGUAGUAAUACACACCCUGUUGUGGCUUGAUGCUUAAGAUGAAAAAUAACUGGAACAUCUGUAUUACUUUGAUAGUUAUCGCACACAUUUUACAAGCCAUACAAUAAAUGGCACAGCUUGCACUCUUUUUUAAUGAAAGCCUAAAACAUUUUUUGUUAAAUUUUAAGCUGUCAUUCACUAAGAACUCAGAAUUAUGAGUUGCUCCAGAUGAAUUUGUACCCACUGCUACAUGAUCAUUAACCUGUUUUGAAUUAAGUUGCAUUCAUGCAAGAAAUAGUACUAUGUUGAUACUAGAAAAAAAGUAAAAUUUGUAGCCUCUAAAGGACACUCAAGUACUUUUUUAUAUUUUUAUACGAUCCAUUGAUUGUAAAUAAAGCCUCUAAGCUUGAAAAUAAAAUUUAUUUCCCUAUCA